AUGGACGACUUCUCGGACGAUGGAUUUGACGAUCUCGACCUCAACACCUUGCAAGAGAUCGAGAACAACGCCAUCCAGUUCACCCAGGCGCAGCGCCCUCUGCCGACCCAGCAGCAGCCCGCCCUCGACUCCGCAGAGUACAACUAUGUGCUCGAGGACGACGACCUCGACGAUACCCUCGUCAUAGAUGAGCUUGCACAGAUACCGGUCCGUCACAACGUCGAGAAGCCGCUCCCACCCCAACAACAGCCUCGGACCGUCCCGAACCUCGCCAGCCAGCAGCGAUGGAACCCGCAGCCGGAGUCGUCCAAUGCUCGUUAUCAAACGCCUUCCCAGGCACAAGUGCCGCAGAGGCCAUACCAACCCCCGCCGCGACUGUCCGGCCCUGCUCCCCUCGCCCGGCCGGCUCCUCCCCAGACUCAGUUCGCUCGCCCACCUCCACCAACCAGCACCCGCUACACAGCCCAACCCUCUCAGGUCGGCCUGCCGAAUCAGCAAGACGACAAUGUCAGGGAAUUGCAGGCCAGGCUGCGGGCCCUGGAGACGGACCUCUACACGGCAAAGGGCGAAGCGGCCUUGAUGCGCUCAAAGUUUGAAACGGCACAAAAGUCUCACGAUACCGAGAUCGCGCGUCUCAAGAAGCUCAAUGCCGAGCAGCUCGCCAAACAGGAGCGCGCGGUCGAGAUGGCCGUCGCUGCCGAGAAAACUGCCGCCACCGAUCUCGAGUUCACCCGUCAGGACCUCAAGGAAGUGCUGAAUAAGUCGAAGAAGGGCAAGAAGGACGGCGAAGCCACCACUCCGCGGAAGGGUGCCGGUGGGAGGUCCAACUGGGAUGUGGCGGACGGCUUUGACGACGUCGAGCUGCUUCCCAGUCCGAGCAAGGGACAGGGCCGAAGAAACAAAGAUAUCGGCGCCGUAGCCAUACCAGUCACUGAGCGGACGCCCACCAAAGGGAAGCGGAAGCGCCCGGCUGUGGACAGUCCUGUUAUGGCUCUCGAGACACACUCGGAUGAUGUGCUGAUGCUGGAUGACUCGCCUUCAAAGGCUGAGCCUUCAAUCGGACUCGCCCGGCAGCCCGAGUCCUUACCUUUCGACUUCUUGAAGCUCGCCCUCGACCACCAUGGACAGGCUCACCGACCAAUGACCUUUGAUGCCUUCGCCCGUUACUCCUUCCCCACAGAUCCCGACCGAACCUUUGCCUCGAUCAUUCUCCACCGACUUCCAGCCAUGGGCAGUGCGGCAGAGGUGACGCAGCUCCCGGUAGACUUUUGUCUUCUGUUGCUGGAAAUAUGGUCACAAUGCCUGUCGGAGAAAUACCACGAACCUAUUUACGACAUCUCGGCCUUGAUCUUAUACGUGCUGCAGCUCGAUACCAUGUUGAUUGCACCACGCAUCAUGUACGCUCUGGUGCCUGUGGCCCAGACGACAAUAUCCCUCCUCGCGUUGCCGGCGUUUCAUUCAGCCAGUGGAGAUCUCGCCAACCAUUCUAACAUGGCGGUGCAGCAGCUCUAUGCUGAGAUUCCCACGACCGAGAUCCUCUCCGUGCUCUAUCUGGUGGCGCUGGGCUGCUUAUCUCCUCCUGGGGACACCGCCGACCAAACGACACCAUCGGGGGAGUCUGCCCAAGUCCAGUUCUGGCGGUUGAUGCAGAUUACGUUUGUGCUUAUGAUCCUGUCGCCCAAGCAAGCUCCAGACGACUUCCUGGGGAUGUUGUCGCUGCUGCGCUCCUCGGUCCUCCCCGACUCUAUUGGCCCUAUUAGCGAUGAGCCAGACAAGGACGUCUCGCUGAUCGCCAGCGCCAUUAUUGACAAAACAAGCCAGCUUCUCGUUGACCCUCCGAAAUGGGCUCCGCCUCGCAGUUACAGAGCGUACGAGGUUCGCUUAGAGCUGCUGAGAACACUCAUCAGCUUCACCUUCAGCCAAUUUGGCAAGCGGCAGCUGGCACAGAGCGAUGUAGCGAUCCCUAGAUUAGUCACUGCACUCUCUGGUGCGGUGGAUGCACUCUACGACAUGGAAAUUCCGUCUGAAAUCUCCGGGCUAGGACUCACAGCAGCAGCAGAUGUACCACGACGCAAAGAUCCGACGGAAGGCGUGGCUGGCGAUGACCCGGAUGCCACGCAAGAUGCAGCAAGCCCUGCGGCGAAAGUCAACCCAGCUACAACCCAGAGACUGGAGAUGGCGGGGGACGAGGAUCCUGUUCCUUUGCUCCACGCCAUCAUCUCGUCCACCGUCGCGCUCCUGCAUACCCUGGCCACCGACCCAGUGACGGCGAACCACGCCAACGUGCCGGCCAAGCUGGCGGCUUUCCACGGCGGGUCCCAGCGCUACCUUCUCACCUUGGCGCGGCUCAACUUUGCAGAGGAGGACCUGGUCCUCGAGGCCGGGAUCGAUGCCGAGACGGUGGAGCUGGCCCACGAGCUAUUGGAGAUGGCGGUCACGCCAGACGAAGGCGAUGGCAUCGGGGAAGUCUUUGGCAUGUGA